UAUAAAUAUGUAUAUCACUGAGAGCUGCAAGACAGAACACACACAACGCUCAGUGACACUUCCAGACAUUCAUCCUCUUCCUGCAGCACAAUGAAGAUUUGGGUGCUCCUUGUUCUGCUGGCGGCGGCGGCCAGUGCCAAGCGGUUUAACCGAUGCGAGCUCGCGAGAACGCUGAAAGCGGCAGGAAUGUCCGGCUUCAGAGGCGUCAGUCUGGCUAACUGGGUUUGUUUAGUCAACGCAGAGUCCAGCUACAACACUCAGACCAUCAACAGAAACUCUGACGGCUCGAGGGACUACGGCAUUUUUCAGAUCAACAAUCGCUGGUGGUGUUCUAAUGGCCAGUUCCCCAGCAAAAACAACUGUCGAAUCUCCUGCAGCCAGCUACUGACUGAUGACAUCUCCGCUGACAUACGCUGUGCCAAGACCAUAGUGACUCGGCAGGGCAUCUCAGCGUGGGUGGGCUGGCGUAGACGUUGUAAGAACCAAGAUCUGAGACGGUACAUCGCAGGUUGUGGAGUUUAAAUGAAGAUCGCUGAAUGACGGACCGCAAGCUGAAAUCAGGGCUUGAAGGAAAAUUUCUGACUGACAUGUGUUUGGGGGUUUGGACAAAGACUGAAGGGAAGGUGGGAUUCACGAAAUGAUGAAAUUAAUGAACUGAAUAUAAAUACAUUUAUUUAAAACCUGAAACAAAUCAACAAUAACAACUAGUGCAAUAA